AUGCCUGACCAUGCCGACGUCAGCCUCCCUCCGGAGGAGCGAGUCCGGAGGCUGAUCCAGGCGGGAAGCGCCGUGGAGGUGAAUGAGGACAUCCCCCCCCGGCGCUACUUCCGCUCCGGUGUGGAGAUGCUGCGCAUGGCGACCGUCUACACCGAGGAGGGCAACCCCGAGCACGCCUUCAUCCUCUACAACAAAUACAUCACGCUCUUCAUAGAGAAGCUGCCCCAGCACCGUGACUACAAAGCUGCUGUCAUUCCUGAGAAGAGAGAGACAGUCAAAAAGCUGAAGGAAGUAGCUUUCCCCAGAGCUGAAGAGCUCAAGGAGGAGCUGUUAAAGAGGUACGCCAAGGACUAUGCUAAGUACAAGGAGCAGAAGAAGGAGAAGGAGCUGGAGUUUGCACGCAGCUUGGCUUUGCAGCAGCAGCUGGAGGAGGAGAGGAGCCGAGUGGCCCUGAUGAAGCAGCAGCAGGCAGAGCAAGAGCAGUUUCAGGCCUUUGAGGAGAUGAUUCGACGCCAGGAGCUGGAGAAGGAACGUCUGAGGAUAGUGCAGGAGUUUGGAAAGCCAGAGCCAAGGCCUGAGACUCUGGAUGGACCUCUCAUCCCGGGCGUGGAGAGGCCUCCCACUGAUCUAAUCCCAAUGGUUCCUGCCUCUCCAGUUUCCCCUGCCAGUCCCUCAGCAGGAACUGUCUCCUGCAGGCGUCCUGUUGUGGACAGAUCUUUGAAACCGAGCACCCUGGGGAGCACAGACAACAGUCAGUACCUCCCACUCUUGGAUGUCCUUCGCCAGGUCAUCGUGCCCAGGGAGCUGUGCCAGAAGUUCCUGCAGCUGGCUGAUGCCAACACCAUCAGGGGUGUGGAGACCUGUGGGAUCCUCUGCGGUAAGCUGAUGAGGAAUGAGUUCACCAUCACCCACGUCAUCGUCCCCAAGCAGCACGCGGGCCCUGACUACUGCGACACCGAGAACGAGGAGGAGCUCUUCCUCAUCCAGGACCAGCACAGCCUCGUGACACUGGGCUGGAUCCAUACCCACCCCACACAGACAGCUUUCCUCUCCAGCGUGGACCUGCACACACACUGCUCCUACCAGAUGAUGUUGCCUGAGUCCAUUGCUAUUGUGUGCUCUCCCAAGUACCAGGAGACAGGGUUCUUCAGGCUGACGGAGCAUGGCCUGCAGGAGAUCUCCUCCUGUCGGCAGAAAGGAUUCCACCCCCACCCCAAAGACCCUCCUCUCUUCACAACCUGCAACCAUGUAUCAGUGGUCGAGAGAGAUGUGGUCCUGAUGGAUCUCCGAUAGGUCUCUUGCCUUAAGCACUGACAGAGGACCCCUCCCCCCCUUCCUUCUAGGCCUAGGGAAUUUGGGGUUUGCCCUCCUGUAGCAGGUGAUUUCUGCUCUGUAGUGCCCCUGCCCCUUCCCCCCCAGGAGCCAUGGGGAGAUCACUUCCCUGACCUCACUGGGAGCACCUGGAAACCUCAGUGCCUGGCAUGGGGCUGGCAAAGUGGGGCUGAGGUUCAGGG